AUGCCUCCCAACCUUGCUCCAACCAUCAUCAAGCAUGGACAGAAACGCAAUUAUGUCGAGUUGAAAGCAUUGAUGGAAAAAAUCAAUGCUACGCAGCUCGUCGAUAUGGUUGUUUCGAAUAUCGAUACUAUAGAUGGUUACACGCUUUGGCAUUUUGCUUUACUCGGCUUAGCUCAUUCUGACCAAUGCGCUAAAAAACGUUUCCAACUAGUCAUGGCCGUUCUUCAGCAUAUGAAUGUGGUGGAGCUUUCAACGAAGCAAAUGUUUGAUAUUAUAGCGCGCCUGUUAACUGAUUUGCCAUCGUUGAAGCCAGAGCAAAUGGUGGAGAUUUGUGAACUAUGCAUUGAAUCUAUUCGUGGUGGAGAUCCAAAGUGCUUGAGCUGGAAACAUUUACUACCGCAAGCUAUCCUUCAAUUGUGUAGCAACGCAGGAAGGUUAAACGCCAACGGGCUGCUUCUGACUGGGACAGAAUAUCGACAGAAGUUGCUGGAGGAAAUAUUCAAAAUGAAACUGCAACCGGCUAUCCUUACACCGUUAUGUGGCAUGUUUCGGGACCUGAUACUUUCUCGUGAUGAAACGAGCAUUUUUGUCACGAAAAUAUCAGACAGCUUGAAACAUACUGAGCCAUUGGAAUUACCUCCGUUGGUAUGCCAGUUGUUUCAUGUUUGCCUGAAACACUCGAGUCUGCUUGUAGUGCCUUUGAUGGCUCUACAAAAAUACUUCCACAAGAAUUACUACAAAAAACUAUUGUCGAGUGAGAAUAGCGAUACUACAGACUUCGACAGCAUUGAUCGUUAUUCCGAUAGCGAAAUGCGUGAAGCGGAAGAAACAAUCCUUUACCAUCUGUCGAAUGUGACUGAGUUUCGCGUUGAUGAAUCGCAAACGGUAGCCAUGUUUAAACCUUUCCAGAAUAACCCAGAAGUAUUGCUUACUCCUUUUUUUGUUGCUGCACUGCUCGCGAUGAGCAGGAUCAACCGGCAACCGGACACAACCGAUGUCGUAUCGUCUCCAAUAAUGGCCUUCCUGAUAAAGCUGAUAGCAAUCAGCGAGAAGGAGCGUGAAAUGUGCACUCAAUCCGCUUGGUGUCAAGGACGCAUUGAAACGUAUACCGUUGCACGGAUAGAGCAAUUGUUUAGCGUUCUAACGGAUAACAGUCAGGAGGGAAAAGAAGUCGUAACACCGGGUCUUAUCCAUUUGGCAUUUGCCUUAUUAUUGACGAAAAAGCAGACUAAACUGCAUGGCAUUGCAAUCAACUUCUUCCAGCUAUUCAUUAAGAAACGUUUCAUUUUCGGCAAUGGCAUAAUAGCGAAGAUAAAAAAGUAUCUGUUUGCAGAUCUGGAGGAAACUCAGUUCCAUACUUGUCUCACGACGCUCAGUCUAACAAACACGCUUACUGUUUCCGAGUGCACCAACACGAUUCAAUUCAUCAUGGACUACCUGCUGUUGAUAAACGGAACAUAUGCAAUGCAGUUCAUAGCAUUUAUAUUCCCUUUGUUGCGCAUUUCGCAUUCCAUUCGUGAUCGCUACAUCGAGGUUCUCCGGAAAGCGAUGUACCAUGGCGAAACUUCAACUCGUCUAAUGGGUGUGUUUGGAUUUUGCUCGCUUUUGAAGCAGUUAAAGAAUAAUAAUUCUCGCCGCUCAGUAAUGGGAAGUGCCGGCGGGAACUAUACACAAUUAAGUAUUUCGGGAAUGUCGUUGCUAUCACAAGCCGCUUACGGAUCGCCGAACAACCCUAACAUACAUUUCGAUAUGUUAACGCUAGAAAUCAUGGGCAUACUUCGAAAAUGCUUCACACAGACGGUUGAGGUACGUGAAAUGCUCUAUGAAGCUCUGCGACGGGCGGCUGAAUUCAACACGCAACUGCUACCGCACGUGCUGCAAUUUAUCGAUUGGCACUUUGAAAGCUUCUUCGGUGAAAACCCGGAAGAAUCGUUCCGAAUUGAAUUCGACAAAAGCGUUCGUUACAAGGGCGAAUACGACGAGGACGAACCGUCGGAUGAACAGCGUCCGAUAGUAGUAUAUGACAAUGUAGGUCGUCUGACGGCAUUCAUGGUGCACUGUGUGGUACUUUGUGAUCAACAUCAUGUGCCACAUGAUACCAACGCUGUUAAAAAAUCGCUUCAGCUAAUUGUUGAAAGAAUUGACAAUUUGGGGACGAAUGAUAUGGGUAUAACCGAUCCUAUGGAUGGAAAAAGUCGCAUAAUUGCCAUGCAAUACCUAAAUAUCCUCGAAGCUGCUAUGGGAUAUUGUGCAUGGAAAACGCAACAGGAUAACAUUUUGCUGAGAGACUUUGUCCGUCUUUUCAAACAUCAUCAAGUUUGUCUUGAGAAAUUUAAGAAAAUGGAACCGAAGAAAAGUAACAAAAAGGUUUCGGACUACUCAAAUACCAAUUCAACAAUGGUUGGAUCAGGGAAGGCAGUAAUUUCAUUUAAACCGGAAAACAUAUGGGACUUGGCCACUGUUGAGAGAAUUCUUCGAAUAUCACUCGACUCAAUCACUAGUUACGCGAAGGAGGAAAAUCUGAAGAUCUUUCGCGGUAAUCGUGAUUUACAGGAAUAUGUGCUGAAGAUAGCUAGCCAAAAAUUGGAAGGAUUACGAACAAUGCCCGACUACUGGCAAGUGACCCACAGCAAACGCAUGUUUAACCAUUUGUGCGAGUGUACAAAACUAGUGUACGAUCGAUGUGUAAAGAAAACUACCGAACUAGUUGGGAACGGUGGUCUAAAUGUAGCACAUGCCGCCGUAGAUUGUUUGAAACAGGGACUCACAUCUGCCAUCGAACUAUAUGAACGAAAGUUUAACGAUUUUCUUCAGUUGAUUUGCUGCACUAUUGGAACUACCUUCAAGAAAGAUCUUCUGAUACAACUGCAAACGAUCGUGGAUGAAUAUUUCAAGGAUGGAGCUGAACCGGAACCGGUCGGUGAAAAGAUCGUCGUUGGACUUCUACAGUGCCUUGAGUUGUUGUACAAGUCGCAUUCCAUGGCACAAGAACAUCUAAGACAGGGUUACGAAUGGUUACAAAAUUUUUGCAUCAACACGAAGCUUAAGAUGAAAUCGUUUGCUAUUGCACAUCGUAUAUUGUUUGAUCUACGCAUCCGUACUCAAACGGGGGCCUACUUCGAUUCGGUAGCAAUGCGGCUAGAACUGAAAUUUGGACAAAUAGUUGCGGAGGAGACAAAUCCGCUAUUUUACUUUAAAUCGAUCACUUCGGCGACGGCUGAGCCAACGUUUCAUUACCUGUGUGCAAUUUUUCGACAGCAGAUUGAAGAAAUCGAGCAUCUUAUCUUACGUACGAACAGUUUGAUGAUACGGUUGAAAAUGUUCGGAUUGGAUGAUACGGAUGAGACAUCUCAGUUGUUAAAGUCUAUCGAACGGUCAAUUUGCUCGCAGCUGGUUCAUAUCUUGGGGUCGUUAACGCACCUGUGUAAUGCUAAUCUUCCGCUUGGAUCAAUAAUGGAUGCCCUUAUAAAGCUGCUGCUUUCGUUGUAUGGAUGUCUUACAAACUUGACUAAACACUUUUUGGCCCGACAUGCGAUCGUUCCGAUCUUGUACGAUGUGACAAAGUUUAAUUUGGUGGUUAAAUCUUCCAAACCUCUCGCAUCGAAGAUAUAUGACCUUAUACCUUUCAUUGAAGAAAACAUCAUUGGACAGGACGAAGACGAAGAACCUCCCAGCUCAGCCAAGGCUAAGUCUAACCGCGAUAAGGUGCUUCGACAGACUAAACUGAUUCCCAAACUAGUGUUUCGCAUUGAAACGUACAACAAAAUCGUAAUGCAGCUCAGUAAGAAAACGAAAAAGGAUCUUACGUACCUGUUGCAUAUGGGAACGGUACGCGAUUUUCGCAUAAAAACGUCAGCGUUGGUUGAAGCCAUUCAAAAAACGGUGACCGAUGGGACAUUGUGCGGAGAGGAGAUUGAAGAGAACGAAGAUGUAGAGCCACAGUUAGACCCGCCCAAUGAUGAUGAUAGCGAUGAAGGUAAUAUAAAUCCUACUGCAUGCUCCAAUCGUUCGGAAGUGAUCGGUAGCGUAAAGAAAACGAAAGGUAUUAAGUCCGCGACAAGUGCGGAAGCCCAGGCACUGCAAAAUCUGGCUAGAUUAAAUGAACGCACAAGGAAAGCUGCUAAGAAACGAGCAUUGGAAAAUGUUAAUGAUGAUGAGGGAGAAGCUACGACAGCAAGCAAAAAAUCAAAAUCAACUAAAAAGAAAAUCGCUUCGAAAAUUAAUAAGCGUGUGCUAGAGGAGGUUAAUAGAGAAGACAAUGUAGCUCCAGUAGUAUCUACAGCAACCGAAGGACGAGCAGUGACACGUGCUCGCACGCUUGGCAUGCCAUUGCGAACCACUAGAGCCAAUGGGAGGUCAUAA